CUUAGAAAAUCCACGUCCAAACAGAGGGUCAUAUUCCGUGGGAGAUGGGCAUCAAACAGUGAAACUCGUGGACUCAGCAAACAAUCGACACACACAGUAUUACCUUUUGGAAGAAGGUGCCCAAAAUCCCAUAGAUUUAGCUUCCCUUUGCAUCACAGCACGCAUAAAAUUUCACUGCUUUUUUGUUUCCUCUAUAAAAACUCGAAAAUGCGGAAAUUCGCAAGCGGCAGAGUAAGAAACAUUCUCAUCCGUUCGAUUCAGCAACAGAGAUUCGUCCAACAAGCUCCUCUUCCUCUGUGUUCUCUUCUUCUCGGUCACGCUUCCUGUCUUCCUCCACCGCUCCAGCUGUAGAUUUCCCUCCUUCUCUUCCUCCCAUGGCUCUUCAGAACAUCAAUCCCAAGGUUUUGAAAUGUGAAUAUGCUGUCCGAGGUGAAAUGGUCACCCUUGCCCAGAGGUUACAAGAAGAAUUAAAGGCGAAUCCCGGCUCUCAUCCCUUUGAUGAGAUUCUUUACUGCAAUAUCGGAAAUCCUCAGUCUCUUGGUCAGCAACCGAUAACAUUUUUCCGAGAGGUUCUUGCAUUAUGUGACCAUCCAGCCAUGUUGGACAAAAGCCAAACACAGGGUUUGUUCAGUGCCGAUGCAAUAGAGCGGGCAUGGCAGAUUCUGGAUCAAAUUCCUGGAAGAGCAACUGGUGCUUAUAGUCACAGUCAGGGUAUCAAGGCUUUACGUGAUACAAUUGCUGCUGGAAUUGAAGCUCGUGAUGGAUAUGCUGCUCAUCCGAAUGAUAUUUUCUUAACCGAUGGUGCAAGCCCUGCGAUUCAUAUGAUGAUGCAAUUGCUGAUAAGUUCAGAGAAGGAUGGGAUUCUUUGUCCCAUUCCUCAAUACCCUUUGUACUCUGCUUCAAUUGCCCUCCACGGUGGCACACUGGUUCCCUACUUUCUUGAUGAGGCAUCGGGGUGGGGAUUGGAAACUUCUGAGUUGAAGAAGCAAUUGGAGGAUGCGAAGUCCAAGGGUAUCAAUGUAAGGGCCUUGGUUGUGAUAAAUCCAGGCAACCCAACAGGACAGGUUCUUGCCGAGGACAACCAGCGGCAGAUUGUGGACUUCUGCAAGCAAGAAGGUCUUGUUUUGCUGGCAGAUGAGGUUUAUCAACAAAAUGUUUAUGUACCUGAUAAGGAGUUUCAUUCAUUCAAGAAGGUAUCCCGGUCUAUGGGAUAUGGCGAGCAGGAUAUAUCUCUGGUAUCAUUUCAGUCAGUCUCUAAAGGGUUCUACGGGGAGUGUGGAAAAAGAGGUGGUUACAUGGAAGUCACUGGAAUCAGUCCUGAAGUAAGGGAACAAGUAUACAAAAUGGCAUCCGUAAAUCUUUGUUCUAAUAUCUCUGGUCAAAUUCUUACAAGCCUUGUCAUGAGUCCACCAAAGCAACAGCAGAUUCGUCCAACAAGCUCCUCUUCCUCUGUGUUCUCUUCUUCUCGGUCACGCUUCCUGUCUUCCUCCGCCGCUCCAGCUGUAGAUUUCCCUCCUUCUCUUCCUCCCAUGGCUGAUCGCUCUGCUCCCGUCAUUCUUCAGAACAUCAAUCCCAAGGUUUUGAAAUGUAAAUAUGGUGUCCGAAGUGAAAUUUUCACCCUUGCCCAGAGGUUACACAAAGAAUUAAGGGCGAAUCCCGGCUCUCAUCCCUUUGAUGAGAUUCUUUGCUGCAAUAUCGGAAAUCCUCAGUCUCUUGGUCAGCAACCGAUAACAUUUUUCCGAGAGGUUCUUGCAUUAUGUGAACAUCCAGCCAUCUUGGACAAAAGCGGAACACAGGGUUUGUUCAGUGCCGAUGCAAUAGAGCGGGCAUGGCAAAUUCUGGAUCAAAUUCCUGGAAGAGCAACUGGUGCUUAUAGUCACAGACAGGGUAUCAAGGCUUUACGUGAUACAAUUGCUGCUGGAAUUGAAGCUCGUGAUGGAUAUCCUGCUCAUCCGAAUGAUAUUUUCUUAACCGAUGGUGCAAGCCCUGCGAUCCAUAUGAUGAUGCAAUUGCUGAUAAGUUCAGAGAAGGAUGGGAUUCUUUGUCCCAUUCCUCAACACCCUUUGUACUCUGCUUCAAUUGCCCUCCACGGUGGCACACUGGUUCCCUACUUUCUUGAUGAGGCAUCGGGGUGGGGAUUGGAAACUUCUGAGUUGAAGAAGCAAUUGGAGGAUGCGAAGUCCAAGGGUAUCAAUGUAAGGGCCUUGGUUGUGAUAAAUCCAGGCAACCCAACAGCACAGGUUCUUGCCGAGGACAACCAGCGGCAGAUUGUGGACUUCUGCAAGCAAGAAGGUCUUGUUUUGCUGGCAGAUGAGGUUUAUCAAGAAAAUGUUUAUAUACCUGAUAAGGAGUUUCAUUCAUUCAAGAAGGUAUCCCGGUCUAUGGGAUAUGGCGAGCAGGAUAUUUCUCUGGUAUCAUUUCAAUCAGUCUCUAAAGGGUACUACGAGUGUGGAAAAAGAGGUGGUUACAUGGAAGUCACUGGAAUCAGUCCUGAAGUAAGGGAACAAGUAUACAAAAUGGCAGCCAUGAAUCUUUGUUCUAAUAUCUCUGGUCAAAUUCUUGCAAGCCUUGUCAUGAGUCCACCAAAGGUUGGAGAUGAAUCCUAUGAAAUGUAUUUGGCCGAGAAGGAUGGAAUUCUGUCAUCCCUAGCAAGGCGUGCGAAGGCAUUAGAAGAAGCAUUGAACAGCUUAGAGGGUGUGACAUGCAACAGAGCAGAAGGAGCAAUGUAUCUCUUUCCCUGCAUAACCCUGCCUCAAAAGGCAAUUAAAGCAGCGGAGGCUGCAACGACAGCCCCAGAUGCAUUCUAUUGUCGCCGCCUUCUCAAUGCCACAGGCAUUUUGGUCGUUCCUGGUUCUCGUUUUGGGCAGGUUCUGGGCACCUGGCAUUUCAGAUGCACUAUAUUGCCUCAAGAGCAUAAAAUUCCAGCCAUUGUCACCCGUCUGACAGACUUCCACAAGUCGUUCAUGGACGAGUUCCGUGACUAGAACACCCGAGUGGUUUGAUCUUUCAGGUUAAGCGCCAUAGGCUUUUCGUUCAAUAGAGAUGAACAUUUGUGUCAAGACCUUGUAAUCUUUUGUUCUUGUAGUGGAUAAACAUGUUCAGUACAGUCGAACUGGAUGUUAUGAGAAUAAUACCUUAUCCGUACUAGGCUUUUACUGGUUUGAAUGGCAUAUCAUGAUUUUACAGAUCUUCAAUAAAAUACAGAACUUUUUCACUAA